CAUAAUAACAGGGCCUCAAAUUGAGUAGUUUGAAUUUGAACGGCACAUUUUGAUUGUUGGAAGAAGAAUCAGACCACAAAAUGGCUGUCCCGUCCAGGCUCAUGUGUGUGGCCUACAACCCGGCGUACAUGACCCAACUGAACACUGCUGUGCCGCUGCCAGGCUUCAGCGACCACCGCUGGCGGAGGCGGGCGGAGCAACGGAGGCACGCUCUGCAGCAGCUGGCGGGAUCCAUUCCGAAAUUUCAAGGCUGGAGAUGUGCAAACCGCUUCCGCGCAGCAUCUCAUAAGAGACGUGUGGAUGACUACAAAGUGGACACAACAUCUAGUGGUGAUAAACCUGUCCCCAAAUCCUCCAAUCUGACCACGGGGAUCCAGACGGACUGCAGGGACGGCGAGACUCAGACGGACAUAUACAGUCCUCCGUAUGUUGUCCAGCCGGGGACGACUCCGGCCGAGCUCCUCACGCUGGCCGUGUUGACUUGGGGGCGGGGUCUUCCUGCGCGCAUCGAAGAGGUGGAGCUGAUUGAGCGUGCGCGCGCCAAGCGGGUGUGGGAGGCCAAGCUCCCGCCCCUGGAGGACCUGACUCAGCUGGACCGAAGGAAGCGCAUGAUGGACCGGAUGGAGGCCAAUGAGUGGGCCUUCAGGGAGGGAGAGAUCAAGAAGCUGCAGGACGCUCGGUACAACGUCCUGCGCGACCUGCUGAAUCUCCGAAACAAGAGCGAAAUCCACUUCACCGUGGAAAGGCUGAAGGAGAUGCAAUCGGAGCUAGUCAAGAAGAACGACAGCCGCUUGAACAAGAUCAACAACGACCACGCGAGGUGCCUGAGGAAAUUACAGUCCUGGCGGACGAACGUGGAGCUGAAGCUGCUCAGACAGGACGUGGUCGACGACCUACCGGAGGACUUUCUGCCCAAAUACAUCCCCUUCACAGAGAAGUGGGAUCCCUACGCUGACAUAUAUGAGGACCUGGUGGUGGAUCCGGGCGUUGUGGUGGUGGAGGCGCCGAAGCCGUGGCCUCCACCGAAAGAGCUUGAUAUUGUGAACACCUUCAAGACUCUGAGGGAGGAGCUGCGAUUGAUGCGGCGGCCUUUAGGCUUCCGUGUCAAGAAGGAGAAGCCAGUCACUCGUCCUGCCACCCCGACGGUGGAAGAGCUGCCAGAGGGAGAGGAGGAGAAGGAGCUGGCCGUCAUUCUACUGCAGAAACUACUGAGAGGACGAAGCAUGCAGUACAUGAUGCUGAACGGCAAGGAGGACAACCUGGAGCUCAUAAAAGAGCUGAGGUCAGUCCAUGCUCUCCAGAAGAGGGAGCAGGAUCUACUGAUGCUGGAGAAGGAGUCCAUACUGGACCUCAAAACAAUGAGGGAUCAAAAUAACCAUGAGGUCACCCUGGAGGAGGCGUCGCAGGCCCAGAUCAUCGGCGCGGAGCUGGAGAACCUGCUGGACACCUUCUCCAAGGAGCUGAUCCAGCUGCAGGAGGAGCGGAGGAUCCACGCGUUAGCGCUGUUAGCCGAGCGAGAUCGUCUUGUCCGAGAGGCGGAGGAGAGCGGCAGGCGGCAGGUGGAGGAGCACCGGCGGAAAGAAGAAGACAAGAUCUUCAGAGACGUGGUGAAGGUGAACCAGGAGACGGUGGAUUUGUACCUGGAGGACAUCAUCCUCGACACGGUGGAGUUCACAGCGGACCAGCAGGCCAGAGAGGAGAUCCACAGGUUGGCCAGGGAGGUCAAUGACAUCGCCUACGCUCUGGAAGAAAGUCGAAACAACCUUCAGUCGGAGGAGAUUGUGUCGGAGCUGAUGUACAGCUUCCUCAUCCCGGAAGUGGAGAAGAUUUCACUGAGACAAAAAGUGCACCAGAGGCAGCAACGUCACCUGCAGGCAGCUCGCAGCAUCAUAUACGGAGCUGCCGAGGACUCCGACUUCCUCCCGACGCUGGAUGGCGAUGAGGAGGAUGAAGACCUGCCGGAAGAUGAAUCUUAACCUGGCCACAUUCCAUGUACUGUGGCAGAAAACCGACGAAAGGUGCAACCCAUACUUUACACUGUUGCCAACUUUUGAAUCAUGCCAAUGUUGCCAAUAUGGAGCCUGUUGAUGAAUCAAGACCAACAAACAGAGAAGGUAAUCCGUUAUGUAUUUUACAUUUUUAAAGCGAUUUAAAUGAAGUCGCGUUGUUAAUGCGGUAUAUUUGUCAUUUUAAUUGUGUUCAACUCCUCAGUGAAGAUGAGUCGAACUGUGCAAACAACUUUAUGAAAGCCAGGUGUGAAUAAA